AUGGCCGCUUCUUCAUCGGUAGCAACCCUAACGGGGCCUCAAGUGUUCAUCAGCUUCCGGGGAGAAGAUGUGCGCAAGAACUUCAUAAGCUUUCUCGACCCUGCUUUGAGAAGAGCCAAUAUAAAUGUCUUCAUAGACGAGAAUGAGUUCUUGGGCGCAGAGCUAGCUAACCUGUUGACGAGGAUAGAAGAGUCUGAGAUCGCACUGGUAAUCUUCUCAGAGAAUUACGCCGACUCAGAUUGGUGCUUGGAUGAGCUGGCCAAGAUGAAGGAACGUAAGGAUCAAGGUCGUCUCAUAGUGAUUCCCAUCUUCUACAAUCUUGAUCCUUCCGUUGUGAAAGAACUUAGAGGAAACUUUGGCGAUAAGUUCAGGGAUCUGAAGCGCAGACAUCUACACCAGCUAGAAAGAACUCAGAAAUGGGAGGAAGCUUUAGUGUCUAUUCCUGACAUAAAAGGCAUGCCCCGAGCAGAACAAAGUGAUAGGACUGAUAACGAUUUUAUAAACUCAAUGGUCGUCGGGAUUCAGAGAUUGCUGGAUCAUAUGGCCGUGAGAGGAAACCCAGCAAGAGAAACAAAUCGUCAAGGAGGUUCCAUGGUCCCUGCAAGGAAACUAGUAAGAGAAGUGAAUCGUCAAGGAGGUUCCAUGGUCCCUGCAAAGAAACUAGAAAGUAAACUAAUUCGUCAAGGAGGUUCUAUGGCCCCUUCCAUGGUUCCUGCAAGAGAACUAAAAAUCUUCCAUUCUGAGGAUAGUAAAAAGUGGGCUUGGAGUUUUAUUAACGAAGCGCCAAACUCUGCGCCUCAUGAAAUUGCAACGAUGAUUAAAAUUUACUGGCUAAAAAUAAUCGGAACUAUUGAGACGAGUGAUCUGAUACCAGGAACAAAGUACGAGGCGGUUUUCCUAGUGAAACUAGAAGAUGGUGCGAUUGGAUGGGAGCAACCAGUGACUCUGAAGCUAAAGGUGGAACAACACGAUGGGAGCGACAACCGGGUGGAUCGGAUUGAGAACUUGAAGGAUUACAUAGGCCACGACUGGGUGGAUAUUCUGGCCGGAGUUUUCGUGGUGCCGCCAAGAAACAAGCCGGCAAAGAUUACUUUCACCAUGUACCAGUACAUGACCGAUGAUCGGAAAAAGGGUCUUGUCGUCAAAGGUGUUGCCAUUCGUCCCACCAACUUAUAA